AUGUCACCGUCGCGCACAGAAACCCCGGCCAACCGCCUUCGUGUCGUUGUGGUCGGCGCAGGAUUAGGGGGACUCGCCGCCGCCAUUGCCAUCUCCCGAACUGGGCUCGCAGACGUACAAGUGCUCGACGCCGCGUCCAAGCUCGGUGAGUUAGGUGCCGGCAUCCAAGUCAGCCCAAACUGUUCGCGUCUCUUGAUCCGAUGGGGCGUCGACAAGUAUCUCGAUGACAACGUGGUUCUGCCCAGGUACGGAAAAGUCAUCAGAUGGCAGAACGGCGAGGUAUUGAGCCAGGCGCCCAUGAUGCCGCAGAUCCAGGAGAAAUACGGCUUUCCGCACUGGCAUGUCCACCGAGCCGACCUGCAUGAGGCUCUCAGGAAGAAAGUGGAGGAGCUGAAGAUCCCCAUCAAGGUCAAUGCAAAAGUCGUUGGUGCGGAUGUCGAUGAGGCCAGCGUCACGCUGCACACCGGCGAGAAGAUCACCUGUGACUUUAUCAUUGGAAGCGACGGGCUACGGUCGACGAUGCGCGAGGUCGUGCUGCAGGGCGCGGAAGCCGCGCCGCCAUUCGUGACGGGGGAUUAUGCAUACAGAUUUACUGUGCCUACAGACGAAAUGGCGGGUGAUCCGGUACUGGCGGACUGUGUCAAGGUGCCUAUGGCCAUUGGAUGGUGGGGACCGCGAAUGCACGUUGUGGGAUACAAAUUGCGGAAUGAAACCAUCUUCAAUGUCGUGGCGGUCUUCCCCGACGAUGGCACCAUGGACAACACGUACAAGAUGGAAGGUGAGAUCGAGCACUUGAAGGAGCUGUACGCGGGCUGGUGUCCGCAGGUUAAGGCCUUGAUAGAGCGCGCGAGACCGGGCACCGUCACGAAAUGGAAGUUGAUGGACUUGCCGCCAUUGCAGAGGUGGCAUCGAGGCAAGUUGGUGCUGAUAGGAGAUGCUUGCCAUCCAAUGCUCCCGGAAAUGGCUCAAGGGGCGUCACAAGCCGUCGAAGACGCCGCUGCUUUGGCACAGUGUCUACGACAUUUGUCUCUCCGGGAAGUAGGUCCCGUAUUCCAACAACUUAGGUAUGCACGAGUCACACAGAUCCAGAAGUACGCCCGGGAACAGCGGGGCAAGAACCACAUGCUGGACGGUCCAGAGCAAGAAGCCCGUGAUGCUGCAAUGAAGGACGCGAAUGCGGCGGCUAGGACUGCAUAUGCAUGGAAUUGGGCGGCCGAAGAUGGCGAACCUCCGAGGCCUUGGAAUGAAGGGUUGUUUGGGUAUGACGCGGAGGAGGAGGCAUUGAGGAGGAUCAGGAAACUUGGAUACGCUGUUGAGGACGAGUAG